AAUAUAGUUCAUACUUCGAUAGGUUCUAAUAUUAAUAUCUCAGGUUAUUCUCUUGAAAAUAAUAAAAGAAAAGGUUCUGAUAAUGUUCCAAAUACAAAUAAUUCUAGAGAUAGUAUAAUGAAUCGGUUAGAUAGUUCAUCUAAAGAAAAAAAUCGUAUAAUUGAUGAUGAAAAAAAUUUUUCAGGAUUGAAUUUAUUAGGUCAGAUUGAUUCGUUUGUUAGUAACAUCAUUAAUUCAGAUAAUACUUUUAAUUCUUCUCAAGAUUUUUCAUCCUCAGAAAAUAGACUCCUAAGAAAUAAAAAUGAAGUUAAUCAUAUUAAUUUCGCCGAAAAUGCUGAAAAUUUUGACGUUUAUCCAACAUUUAUCACAAGACCUCUCUUAAGAUUAGAACAAACCUUGCAAGCUGAAAAUGAAGAAGAAAAAUUACAAAACACGUUACAAAAGAUUGAUGAUUUGGUGAAUAGAAAAAUGAAUUUGCCUAAUUAUUUAACUGAAGAUAUGGAAAUAGAUCGUAUUGAAGAUUAUGAUGAUAAUAUUUCGGAUAUUACUGUAAGAGAAAUGGAAACUCAAGAAGAUACAAUGGAUACGUUAAAUACAAUGGAUGAAGAUGAAGAACAAGAAAUUGAUGAAAAUAAACCUGAGUUCAAUCAUCCUGCAAAAAGAAUAAAAAACACUCAUAAUAAUUUUAAUAUAUCUAAUAAGGAACAUAGGUGCGAUGAACCUGAAUGUGAUAAAUCAUCUGAUACAGAAGAUAAUUUAGCAACUCAUCAACGUUCACAUACUGAAAGGCCAUUUAAAUGCAAUGAAGAUGGAUGUACAAAGACUUAUACUACGUUACAUGGGUUAAAAGCACAUGAGCGAAAUUAUCAUGGAGAGAAACCUUACGUAUGUGAUGAACCUGGAUGCGAUAAAUCAUUUAGUACAGAAAAUAAUUUAGUGAUUCAUCAACGUUCACAUACUGGUGAAAGGCCAUUUAAAUGCAAUGAAGAUGGAUGCGAAAAGUCUUAUGCUACUUUACACGGAUUAAAAGUACAUGAAAGAAGUCAUAAUGGAGAAAGACCUUAUGUUUGUGAUGAACCCGGAUGUGAAAAAUCAUUUUAUACAUCAAGUAGUUUACAAGUUCAUAAAUGUAUUCAUUCAGAGGAUAAACCUUAUGAAUGUAAUGAACCUGGAUGUAACAAAGCAUUCAAGCGUCUUGACGAUUUAAAAACUCAUAAGCGUAAACAUACGGGAGAAUUGUAUUUCAAAUGUGAAUUUGCUGAGUGUAACAAGAAGUUUUCUAAAAUGAGCCAUUUACAAAAUCAUCGUAGAGUUCAUACAGGAGAAAGGCCUUAUGAUUGUAAAGAAUGUGGCAAGAAAUUUAGUCAAUUAGGUAAUUUACAAAUUCACGAACGUACUCAUUCAGAUGAGAAACCAUUCGUUUGUGAAGUAGAUGGAUGUAAUAAAGCAUUUGCUUUAUUGGGAAAUUUAAAAAAACAUAAGAGUACACAUUCUGAGGAUAAACCGUUCGUUUGUGAUUUGCCUGGAUGUGGUAAAACAUUUAAAAGGUCGGAUGUUUUAUUCAGACACAAGAAAAAUCAUAAUUUGGAGAAAAUUUAUGCUUGUGAUGAAGUUGGAUGUAAUAAAGCAUUCGCAACAAUCAAAAGUUUACAAACUCAUAAAUACACACAUUUAGAUGAGAAACCAUGGAAAUGUGAAGAACCAAGAUGCGGCAGAACUUUUAGUAGAAUGAAUGAUUUAAGAACUCAUCAGAGAUUACAUACCGGAAAUAAAUUAAUGGUUUGUAGUUUUCCCGAAUGUGGGAGAAAAUUUACUCAUUCGGGUCAUUUAAGGGAUCAUGAGAGGUCUCAUACAGGAGAAAAACCUUAUCUAUGUGAUGAACUAGGAUGUACAAAAGCAUUUACUACCGCAAGUAGUUUACAAAGACAUAAAAGGAAGCAUAUUGACGAAUUUAUUAAUUCUAUUCAUUCAAAUGCUUUAUAUGAAGGAUUAGAUAGCUUCCUCGGUUAAAUAUGUAUUAUAAUAUUUUUUUUUUUUAUAUAGAGAAUCCUAACUCCUAAGCAUUUUAGGGCAAUUUACGGAAAAUUUCAUAUGCAAAUUUAUAAAUGCAUUGUGUGUAAGAUAAAUUGCAUAAAAUAAAAAAAAAAGAAAGAAAAGUAA